AUGACCCAGCCACACAUCAACAGCGUGCCAAACAUAUCCAUUGUAUUAGCAUACUGUGCAGUUAUUAUCCUAGCUCUACCUGCCUGGUGGUACACAACUAGCAUCCAGAGGCUGUCUCUUCCAUCUAGUCGCGUCCACCAGUUGGCUCAGAGCCACCUCCAGCUUCCCAUAUCAUUAUGUAUUGAAACCUCCGACGUGGAACUAACUAAUAGUGUCCGAAAAACCUUAUCCACACAAAUAUCUCGUGAGUUAGAGCGAUGGAAGGGUCUGUUGGUAAAUGUUGAGGGCAAAGUUGCUUGUGCAGGAGAGUCAGAUAAGAGCGAUGUAUAUACAAUAAUUCCUACGUCUGGACCGUCCUGGAUACAGGGACGACGUCUGUAUACUCCACUGAAUGGGCCCAGUUACAUCAUCCAACUCGCUCAUACGAUUACCUCGCUUCUCGCACCAUAUUCCGCUUCCAAUGACCCCGAACACCGUGUCGCCCAAUAUUCACCUCGUUAUAGACUGGCAUUCAGCCUGCUCAACGAAGAUGCAGCAGCCGGAAACGCCAUCCUUGAUUGGAAGAUUCAAGAUGGCCUGAAAGCAAAUGUCAAUCCCAUCUUACAUCGUCUUAGCCCCCUUCAUAAUUUCACCAUCGAAAGUCAAGUUCAGUUCCAUGCCCCUCUGGCAUUCACUCCACGUCAGCUCGACCAAGCUCAUGGUUUAACACCCGAAGAUUUGACUGUAUUCGUAAACUCUGCCGAUUGGACUUUAUCUUCCAGUUCUUCCAAUGACCCUGUUUUGCACUUUAUACUUUUUAUACCUUCCGUUGCCCACCGCCCAUUGAGGUUAUUAAGGAAUGAUGGGUCAGCAUCUGCCUCUACUGCCUUCUUAGUCCCACAAUGGGGAGGCAUCAUCAUUCACAAUCCAAAAUUGGGUUCAUUUUCUGGAGAGGAAUUACCUCAACAAGAUCUUAACGACGUCUUCUAUGUGUUCACAAAUCAGUUACUUGCUCUUCUAGGAGUUCCGUCGCUGCCCCCAAACGUGGCCAAACGGACUUCUGGCCUUUCGGACUGGCAGCUAGAUGCUCUUGUUCGUCGUCGCGUUUUGGAAAACGCACAAGGAAGCCAGGACACCCUUCUUAGUAUCGUGAAGCUAGUCGACCAAAUUGAAAAUAUGCCUGUGGGUGAAGACGUGAAAGGUGACGUUGAAGACGCCUUGGAUGCGUUGACGAAGAUGUAUGAAACCUCGACAACCUCUCUCUAUCAGGCUUUUAGCCACUCAGCAGAAUCCUUCGUCCUUGCCUCUCGGGCAUUUUUUAACCCAGGAAUGUUAGCUCUGCUCUACUUCCCCGCUGAGCAUAAAUACGGAGUAUAUGCUCCACUUUUCGCCAGCGCCCUUAUCCCCUUGCUUGUAGCUGCGCUUAGGGAGCUGUCUGCAUACCGCCAGGAACGAAGGACAGACAAAGAAGCAGCUACAAAGACCAUUAGGCAAUGA